UUCUUUGUUAAGGCUGUGCUGAGAGACUUGUUUGCCUCUCUUGGCCUUUUUCUCCCCAGCUUUCCGCUUGCUUUGUGAGCUGAAGAGAGGGCUAGUUCUACCUUUCUAUUACUGGAGAACUGAGCGUUUUUUAAGGUGUCCUUAUACGCUGCCUUAAAGAGGUGCUUUUUAAGCCAUAUCACACUGUUGAUUGAUGGUUACCCAGUUACCAGUUUGAUCUGCGUUACUUUCCUCAAGUGAAAUACAAAUAACAAAAGUGUGUGUCCGUAACAUCCUAAAUAGAAAACAAGGCUGCAAAUCUCUACAAAGUACAUGUGAGAAAAUGAAGAGCUAUGGGUUAAGUGUGUCUGAGUAACCUUCCUCACCUGCAGACUUGCUGGCUACUCCUGACAAGAUGUCUAGGAACUAUUUCCAUGUAUCCCUUUCACUUCAAGCUGUACUUUUUGUAAGGGACAGAGAAUGCCUGUAGGAGCAGUGACAGGUUGCAGUGUUGUUAUUGCCUCUCGUAAAUUUGACCGAUUAAAAGCUGCUGCAGAAGAACUGAAUAAUGAAUUUUCUUCCAUGAGUCCUGGCACAGUGACUCCCAUUCAGUGCAAUAUCCGCAAAGAAGAUGAGGUAGAAUCUUUGGUGAACUCUACACUGAGUCUGCAUGGGAAGAUUGACUUCCUGGUGAAUAAUGGAGGCGGCCAAUUCCCAAGUCCUUCUGAAGCCAUCAGUGCAAAAGGCUGGAAUGCUGUGAUAGACACAAAUCUGUCAGGAACCUUCUACUGCUGCAAAGCAGUGUACAAUGCCUGGAUGCAGAAACAUGGAGGAGUCAUUGUCAACAUUACUGCUGUCGUGAGAAAUGGGUUUCCUGGAAUGUCGCACACAGGAGCUGCGAGAGCUGCAGUGAACAACCUGACCAAGACUUUAGCUUUAGAAUGGGCCCACAGUGGAGUAAGAAUCAACAGCGUUGCUCCUGGAACAGUAUUUUCAGAAACUGCUGUUGCAAACUAUGGAGAGCAAGGUCCAAUGAUGUGGUUAAAGAGCAUACCAAAGAUUCCUGCCAAGAGGUCAGCAGUUCCUGAGGAGAUCUCUCCUGCGGUGUGUUUCCUACUAUCUCCAGCUGCUUCUUUCAUAACUGGGAUAACCCUGGUCGUGGAUGGUGGCCAAAGUUUAUAUGGCCAUAUACUAGAAAUACCUGAUCAUGACAGAUGGCCCUCACCACCAGAAGGAAAAAAUUCUGAGAUGCUUAAAAAGCUUCUUUCUGGCGAGUUCAAGCCAAAGUUGUAAAAAGAACCCAGAGAUUUCAUCUUAUUCCUAGUUGGACACUUCCUGAUAAUCUUGCUUUGUGAUUUGGGCUUAUUGUUCUUAGUAAUACAUUUUUUUUCCUCAUAUGUAACUACAUUGGGUGUCUUGAUUUUUGUUGGUUUAUAUUUAAAACUUGUAAGGCUGUAAUUAGUAAAUUUCUUCUCUGAAAACACAGAAAACAUGUCCUGAAAAUAUUCAGUCUGUGAGUAAGAGAAGGUAUAAAAGACAAAUUAUCCAUUUGCACAGGCAUUAAGUAAUGAAGAAUCUGUCAGAAGUGGAAAAAAUCCAACUUAUUUUGAAGUGAAGCAGGCAGAGAGGGAAUGUUACAGAAUCCUUCUAUUCUGGAUGAAUUUGAGGAGAAGGUAAUUUAAACCUGUUAUUAGUUGCAUCAGUAGCCCUUGAGGUAGCUGUUAGCUCUGCACUAUUUCUAUUCAGCCACACACAGAAUGUGCAACUAUGAUUUUAAAGACUAAGUAGAAUUGGUAUUUGUCUGAAAAUAAUUAAAAGUAAGGCAGAAUACUGUUACUAGUGCUUCAGUCUAACAUGUUGUAUCAUGAUGGGAAUGCUUUGAAAUGUUUACAGGUAUAGAUAUGUAAUGGAGUUAAGCUGGUUGCAACUUAAAUUUUACAAUAGAAUAAUCAAUCAGAUAAUAAGCUUUAACAUACAGUGAUGGAAAACCGUACAGAUUCAACAAUUUAACUUGCAAAAUCCUGAAGUAAAAGCUAUGGUGUAUAUUGCAGUGCUUUCUGCAGUAUGCUGUAGUCUUAAAGGAGAAACUUGGAAUCCUUCAUUUACCAGUUAAAAUGCUUUCUAUCCAUACUUCAUUGUCUUGCAAUGUUAACACAAUUUUGUUCAUCACCAUCUCUAAAAUAGGUGUGAUUUUUGUUACAAAUGCAGGGAUCCCAUUUUAAACACAAAUCCUGCAAUAUAUCACUUGAAGAGGCUAUAUUUGUCAUUACUCCCUUUUUAAAAUUCACUUUAAGGCAAGUGUUCUCAUGUCUGACAACUUUAAUCAAAAUAUAAGCAUUAGGUGUUGACUGUGCUGUAACAACUGAAAUCUGUGGAAUCAAUUGGUGCUGCAGAAGUGACCUCUUUAAUACUUCAUUUUAGAUUGAAUGUAAGAGUCUCUACCAGUUGUUUGUUCUCUGCAAAGAUGUUUGACUUUUACGUCUUUCAUUAAAAUAUGGGAACUUACACAGGUACACGUAUAUUGUUGUUUCAUGAAAAUAUGAAUGCCCAUUUUGUGGGAGAGAAGGGGUUUGAGUGAAAAUACUUUCUUCUUCUGAUACAUCCUCUUUCCUUAGUAUCUGGGUGGUCAUUUAUGUGGUUGUGAGAAACUUGUACAGAGAUAAAAUAAGCUAUUUUCAAACCUGUUCUGCAAGCUAUAUUUUUAUUAUUGCAAAUAUUAGCUCAGGAUACAUAGCAAGAGAAUUCCUGGAAGAAAAGGCACCUGCUAGAAAACUAACUCUAGGAACCUAACCCAUUGCAUUUAAGUGAAAUUACUUGGUUUGUUAAGAGAUUACUUCUGCAUUCUUAACAUCUUUCUGUAAAAGAAGAUUAAACAUGAACAGACUUGA